AUGAGAUAUUGGCAUCCGUUCACUGAAGAGGCUAUUGAGCAGGUAUUGCUAGGGUGAGACCUGAAGGAUAAAUGGUUUUAUUCUGCUGAAAAGAUAUAUGCGUGAAUAAAUCUAAGCAUAUCAUAAAUCAAUGUCACAUAUGGGUCAUACAGGUCAGAGUCAUCCAGGAAUUUAUGUUUUAUGGUCCUGAUCUCUGUGUAUGUUAAAAGUUAUUGUAUCUUGUUUCAGACGGAAAUAUCCCAAGUAGGGGUUAUCUAAGCAAAAUUGUGCAAUAUAUGUCCAGAUGAAAUUACUCGCAUUAAAGAACAAGCACGAAUUGAAAUAAAGGCAGAUCUUCCAUGUUAUUUCCUUUGCAUGAUGUUUUUUUUUUUUGGUUGAACCUGUUUUCGGUGUGCAUAACCUACCUGAGUAGAUCUCACCUCUCUUUCCUUUUUUCCCCCUUUUUCAUUACUAUUUCCAUAGACUAUAUGAACGUGUCAGGGUUGCCUUCUAGAUGUAGGGACUAAAACUGUGCAACUUCGGAUCUCCUUGAGUAUCAUGUGAUUCGUCUUACAUAACUUCCUUCAAAUGCUCUCGUCUUAAGGUACCUUGAACAGUACCAUCUUGUAGAGGGUUAGUUUUAAGGUAGAUGUCUUCUUGGAAAAUUUGGCCAAAAGCUUAAAUUCUUUUUUGGACCAGUGGAUCUCAGAUUGGUGAGCUAAGGCUUGUGAUUAUGAUAACUAACGGUGUGGUGUAAUAUGCCCAUCUUAGAUUGGUGCGUCAACCAGCCCAAUCCAAUAGCUUCUCUCAGUAAUGAAGUGCAUUUUCAAAGUUACCAUUAUGAUAAAUAAUGUUUUAUGAUGUAAUAUCCCCAUAUGAUCUUUCUAUAUUCUGUACAGUGAAAAAAAGUUAUCAGGAUUAAGGUUGGAUUAAUUAGGUUAAAGUACCACGACUAAGAAAUAUCAAGAAACAAUGAUACAAUGUGAAAAUGUUAUACUGAUGCUGUUCUUCCAUCUGACAACAUUUCCUGCAAUCAUUGAUGGCUGUGGAAAAUGUAACUCAAUCCAUUCACUUAGCUGUUAUUAGUUUUUCUAUCGAACGUUCUGUUCGGGUCAUUAGUUGAAUGUCACUACGGUUGAACUGCAAUAGGGUCUAUAAAUUUUGAGGAAGAUGAGACCUUUAAUUCUUAACAUGCAUUUGUCAAAUUUCGUGUUCUCUACUUAGUGAGUUUGAAGUAUCUUUUGUUUCUGAUUUCCCUUUUCUCCCUUGCAGAUCAAGCGAGAUGGAAUCACAAAGCUGGUCGUCCUUCCCCUUUAUCCACAGUUCUCAAUAUCAACCAGUGGUUCAAGCCUUCGCUUGCUGGAGAGUAUAUUUAGGUGAUGAAUUUACUGGAAAUGAGUUCAAAAACAACUUUGAUGAAGUUUAUUCUUUUGUGGAAUUUAAUUUUUUUCUCGGGGAUUCAUCUGCUUGUGCAGGGAGGAUGAGUAUCUUGUGAAUAUGCAACACACGGUUAUACCUUCUUGGUACCAGAGAGAAGGUUAUAUUAAUGCCAUGGCAUCUUUGAUUGAGGGAGAACUGAAAAAAUUCAAAGAUCCAAAGAAUGUGGGUUUCUUGUCCCUGGUUUACAUUCUCACAUUCUUUUUUCCUGGUUCGUGAUCUCAGUUGUCUCUAUCAUGUUAAGUAUCGAAGAAUCCAUUUCAUGAGAACCUUUUUUGUUUGCCGUUUGGUAAAUUUUACUUGGUUUUGGUUUAAUUCAUAUGAAUAGAUGUCAUACUGCAUAUUAGGUCAUGAUAUUUUUUAGCGCCCACGGAGUUCCAUUAGCGUAUGUGGAAGAAGCGGGUGAUCCUUACAAAGCAGAGAUGGAGGAGUGUGUGGAUUUGAUUAUGGAAGAGCUGGAGAAACGGCAGGUCACGAAUGCAUAUACUCUUGCUUAUCAGGUACGACUUAUGAUGAGCUGUUCAAUCUCGGGCAUCAAUAGACUUUACUACUGUCGUUGGUUAUGUAGUUACCAGAUAGGAAUUGUUGGUUCUAACGGUAGUUACAUUUACAGAGUAGGGUUGGACCGGUAGAAUGGCUGAGGCCCUAUACUGAUGAAACCAUUAUCGAGCUUGGACAGAGGGGUGUAAAGAGUCUUCUCGCUGUUCCUAUCAGGUUGUGACCAUGCUAAACGUCAUUCUUCUUUAGGUUGAAUUAGAUCAUAAGCUUCCUGUUCCGAUUCGUUUUUAAUUCUAUUCGUUUCUUUUCUAAAUAUUCCUUCCUGCGUGUGUAUGACCAUGUUUCCGUAGUUUUGUGAGUGAGCAUAUUGAAACACUUGAAGAAAUUGAUGUGGAGUACAAGGAGUUGGCUCUGGAAUCUGGCAUAAGAGAAUGGGGACGAGUCCCUGCGCUAGGAUGUGAACCAACCUUCAUUUCAGACCUUGCUGAUGCUGUGAUAGAAAGCCUUCCUUAUGUUGGAGCAAUGGCCAUCUCAAAUAUUGAGGCUCGUCAGGUAACACACCCGCUGAUUGGGUCAAUAUAUUGUGGUAUUUUACUUCUGUAGAUCCUAAUGUUUUGCAGAGCACAGAUUCAUGAUAGGCUUCUGUUAUUGUCGAUGUAUGUUUUGAUUUAUUGUAGUAUAAGCUGAAGAUAGUUGAUUAUUUUUCUAUAUAUAUGCCAUUGGAAUCCUAGUUUCUGCCGAAUAUAGCUUUAUCCACCCAUUUUCAAGAAAAUCGCUUUUUAUACGCUAGAAAUUCGCUCAUUUUGUGUUAUUGUUAUUCUUUUUUCUGGAUUUUCCGGUAAAAGGUUACCUAGGCGUAGGAUUAAACUGGAUAGACAACGACAUCAUCUUCAUCGUUAAUCAUGUUUAUAGAUUUAUUUGGGGGUUGAAACUUUACGUGGUUUCAAUGACCCCACGUUGUCCGCAGUCCCCGACCUAACAAAAGGUGUGACUCGGUUCCUGUAUUUUUGAGAAUUGCUUGUUCUGGGAAUUAGAAGAGAUUCCAGGAAUUCCCUUACUCCUGAUGAUUCAUAGUAUGGAAUUUCCUGCCAACUGCCCCAUAAGGAAAUGGCGUCCUUGUUGUCCACUCAAAUCAAAUAUGUGUGUUCUUUCUGCUUUUUGUUAUGAGAUUAUCUUUUACUGUAAGUACAUUCCCAUCGUUAUGUUUUAUCACCUGACGUUGAAUCAAAAAUAAAUAAAAAAUAAAAAGGGGAAAGAAACGAGUGAGAACUGCAAGAACUUUACUAUUAUGGUAAAAUAAUCUAGGAUAAUAUUAUCAUCAUGCCACAAUGCUUCACAAAGCUCCUCCAGAACUGCAAGACUAUUGCUACCUUUUUAUUUGCCAUCAUGGAGAAACAGUGCAUGUCUAAUCAGCCCUUCUUAUAGCUCUGAAAUUAGAAUGAUCAGUCCCCAAUCCAGUUCCUAGUGUAGCAGAUCAAACCCAUUUGACUGCGGUAAUCGAUUCCAAUCUGUAGGAGCUAUUCAAAGAAGGGAACGAUCUUAGUUUUUGGUAUUCGCUGAACUGUUGUUUGGAAUCAGAAUCCAGGAACACAUGGGCAGUAUUCCCUGCUUGGUUGGUUAUCAUCCCCCAAUCUCUUGCACUACUUUCAGAUAAUUUGCCUUUUUAUUUUAUUUUUCUCCCUUGACGGAGAUUAUGAACAUGCCCAAAAAUUUCGUCCCCUGAUACCAUUUUCGGAAAUUUUCUAACCCGGAACAAUGCUCUCUGUGCAGUCAUUGGUCCCUCUUGGCAGCGUCGAGGAGCUGCUUGCAGCAUAUGAUACGAAGCGGACGGAGCUUCCCCCUCCGGUGACGGUCUGGGAAUGGGGCUGGACGAAGAGCGCCGAGACCUGGAACGGCAGGGCCGCCAUGCUGGCGGUCCUCGCCUUGCUGAUCCUGGAGGUGACCACCGGGAAGGGGUUCUUGCACCAGUGGGGCAUCUUGCCGUUGACUCACUGA